GCGACUCGCCCCAGCACGACACCACCACACGCCCGGCACACACACCGAACAUGGCCAAGCGCCCGGCAGACGCGGGGCAGGAGCUGGACGCCGUCAAAAAUGGAGAGCGGCCCAUGGAAAUCGACGCCCCCAACGAGGCCGGCGAGUUCGAGGACGAGUUCGAGGACGAGUUUGAGAGCGAGGACGAGAUUCUCGAGGCUGGCGUCGACGGGCGGCCCGACGAGGAGCGCGAGGCCGAGGAGCGCGAGAGCGGCAUGGACGUCGACCAAGGAACUUUCAUUCCCGGGCGACACAAACUCUCGCCGGGCGAGACAUUGAACCCUGAUCUCUCUACAUACGACAUGCUCCACACGCUGGAAGCCCCAUGGCCCUGUCUGUCCUGCGACAUCAUCCCCGACAAUCUCGGCUCCGAUCGCAAAACCUACCCCGCGACCGUAUAUGCAGUGGCUGGCACACAGGCGGCGCGGGGCCGGGACAAGGAGAACCAGAUCAUGGUCAUGAAAAUGAGCAGCUUGUCGCGCAUGGAGAAGGAGGACGAGGAAGAAGACGACGACGAUUCCGACGACGAGGCAUCCGACCCGAUUCUCGAGACCAAGUCAAUACCCUUGACCAGCUGCACAAACCGUAUACGAGCACACCAAACACCGCAAGCGACGUCUGCGCAGCCUCCGACGACGCUCACAGCCGCCAUGACCGAGUCAGGCCAAGUCCUCAUCCAUGACGUUACCCCCCAUCUCACCUCUUUCGACACACCCGGCACUUCGAUUUCUCCCACACAAAAUAAGCCCGUCUGCACCAUCCGUGCUCAUGGAUCCAACGAGGGUUAUGCGCUCGACUGGUCACCCCUGAUACCAGAAGGAAAGCUUCUCACGGCUGAUUGUGCUGGAAAGAUUUUUGCAACGACUAGGACCCAGGGCGGAGGCUUCGUAACAGACACAACACCAUACACUGGCCACCGGGGCUCAGUCGAGGAGCUCCAAUGGUCUCCGACCGAGAAGCACGUCUUCUCAUCGGCAUCAAGCGACGGCACAGUCAAGAUCUGGGAUGCGCGGUCAAAAUCACGGAAGCCCGUACUCAGCGUUCAAGCCUCCAAGACCGACGUCAACGUACUCAGCUGGUCGCACCAAACAGCCCAUCUUCUCGCUAGCGGCGCCGACGACGGUGAGUGGGCCGUCUGGGACUUGCGACAAUGGAAGCCAUCGACCGACAUGUCGAGCGACAAGAAGCCCUCGCCAGUCGCAUCCUACACAUUCCACAAGGAGCAAAUUACCUCUGUGGAAUGGCACCCUACCGACGACAGCAUCGUGCUUGUUUGCGCCGGCGACAACACCCUCACACUAUGGGAUCUCGCCGUCGAACUCGACGACGAAGAGAGCAAGUACACAGCAGGCGUGCAAGACGUGCCGCCACAAUUACUGUUUGUGCACUACAUGGAGCAGAUCAAGGAGGCACACUGGCAUCCGCAGAUCCCAGGCGCCAUCAUGGCCACGGGCGGCUCCGGCUUCAACAUUUUCAAAACCAUUAGCGUAUGAAGUUUUGUCGUAGUCUCACCCAUACUCUGGGAAAAUAAAAAAAAUUCGGAAAUUUUAAACCUAGAAAGUCGAAUUUUUUUUUGCUCCCUUCGCUUUCCUUUUUUCUUUGUGUGCAAC